GGAAGUGGUGCGCAGGAGGCGUCGUUUUUAAAGUUAACGGCUGACGUUGUUGUCUUGGAGCUGCGGUCCGACCUGUAAACAAUAGCACGAAACUAACAACUAAUACACUUUCCAGUGAUGUUAUCGUGAUGGAUGAACUAUAGCAGCGAACCGACUCCAGUGCAGAUUUGGUGCUUCCUCCUUGACUUGAAACGGAUCACAUCAUGGACCACCUGGAUUUCUCAGAAGAAGAAAUUCAACAUCAGCUGGCGGCCCUGGGAUACAAAAACAUACCGAAACACAGACUGCGUGAAUUCAAGCAAGAUCUUGAUGAACUAGUCCGACAUGGAGAAUGGAAGACUCUGGCCCCCUCCCCUCAGAUGAACCCCUCCACUUCACAGCCGAGUCCUCCUGCCUUCACCAAAGAGAAAGUCAGUAAUUGCCACUUUAAAGACUCCAGGGAAGGAUUCUUCUUACAUCCUGGACAAGCAGAACAUGACAGACAGGUUCUGACCACCUGUGAGAACAGAGACCUCCGACAGGGCUGCAGUGAUUCUUACGCUCAGCACUCGGUGUCUCUGAACCCCCGGCGGCCCGCAGGAGCUCCGGGUCGGCUGCAGGAGGAGGAGGAUCCUGACGAGACCCUCCACCCCCUCCUCUCUGACAACCUCCACCCCCCCCUCACUGACAGCCUCUCCUCCACCCCCGACUCCCACAGGGGACACUUCAUCAAGAGAAAAGUCCUCAGGAAACAUAAAGGACAAUCGCUCGUCUGCGAUGAAUCGAUCUACAGUGAAGACUCAGACGCAGCGAGCUUUCUGGAUGAGCGUCUGGCCGAUCUGCGUUUAUCACCGUCGUCUCAGAGAGACUUUGAGACGGAGAACGAAGACGUCAGCGGUCGGAGCGAAACUCAGAGCUCAGACAUAGAGGAAGGCUCUCUGAGUGCCUUCGAAUCCUACAUCAGAGGCAUGACUCGGGCUAAAAGUGACGGUGACCUCAGACCCAAACCCAAAUCCUUCAUCAGACCCGUGAUGAAUCAGCAAACUAUAAAGAAGACGGACCCGGUAGCCAAGUACUUCCAGUAUAAGCAGCUCUGGGAAAUGUUCAAGCUUCCAGGAGAGAGCGACAGGAGAGCUAUCCGCAUGGAGAUAAAGGAGCAACUUGCAUACCAACCUCCAGCGCCUAAACCUCGGAGGGUUUUUGUUCCGAACUCCUACGUGGUGCCGACGGAGAAGAAGCGCUCGGCUCUGCGAUGGGAGAUCAGAAACGAUUUAGCCAACGGGCUUCUUCCUCACAGAUUCAGCUACAGAUGA